AUGUAUUCUGAUGAGGACUUCUUGCCGACGAUAGACGCGAUUUUGAGAGUAUCGGACCUCUUGCAAGUGUCGGUUAAGAGAAUACGACGGGCGCUGGAAGCGUUGUUCGACGUUGACCUCACUGAGCAUAAGAAACGAAUUAACCAUUUAAUAUGGACCCGAUACGAGCAUUUUCUGGAACAGGGCGACAACGGCAGCCAGGAUACGGAAAGCAAGAUCAAAAAGCUUGAGAAGGAGAACAAGGAGAUGGCCGCGCGGCUGAACCAGCUUCUCAAAAAGAAAGACGUCCAGAAGGUGACGAAAAAAGCGCGCAAGUCGCGCACGCCUCAGCAAACGUCUCCGAGCACUUCCAACCCGCUGACGAAAGGGGUGCUGCCGAGCGAGGCUCUUGCCAAUUUUCUGGGGUCGUCGGAUCCUAUAGCGCGCACACAGGUGGUGAAGAGGAUAUGGGACUACGUGAAGGCGAACGGGCUGCAGAAUCCAAACGACAGGCGAGAGAUCUUGUGCGACGACAAGCUGCGGCCAAUUUUCGGCGAUAAGGUCAACAUGUUCACGAUGAACAAGGUGCUUGUCAGGCAUCUGUUCAACGGCGAAGACAUUGUGCAGACGGCGGAAUAG